AUGACUGAGCCUGAGAUUAGCUCAAUUCUUCACCCUUCCAAGCUUCCAACUCCCAAACUGAAAACAUUGCCAAAAGCUCAAAAAGACUCGUCGAUAUCCUUGUCAAGUAUCCUCUACAAGCUCAUCUUCUUCAUUGUUUUAAUAGCUAUCCUCCCCGAGUUCCCCACCCAGGCGCCCGAAUUCAUUGGAGGAUCCAUCUUCACCAGAGUCUGGGAGCUUCUUCACCUCCUCUUCGUAGGGAUCGCUGUGUCCUAUGGCAUUUUCAGCCAGCGCAACGCAGAUCCAGAGAUGGAGAAGGAUUCACAGCCGAAAGAUGAGAGCCCCCGAUCUUUUGCUUCACAGAUGCUUCAAGUUUCACCAGUCUUCGACGAAGAUGGUGAUAGCGAUAUGAUCGACAGCAAGAUGCGAACUUGGAGCUCUCAGUUCUACAGAAAUGAAUCAGAAACUCUGGUUGCCAAAGAAGCCAGCAUCACCACUAAGCAUCUGUUGUUGCCCGUCCGGAGCAUAAAACAAAGCAGCCAGGAACCUAAACCCCAGUUAUCGGAGCCAAGAACGGAGUCCAUCGUCCUUCCCUCUCCAAUCCCCUGGAGAUCGCGCUUAGGAUCGACGGCGAAUAAGAUCGAACAGGUGGCCGGCAGCAAAUCUACCACUACCCUUCCACCACAUCGUCCAUCCUCCACUUCUCCAUCCCCAAAGCGGCUUUCUCCCUCACCGUCUCUUUCAUCGGACGCAGCGAAGCCAAAGAGCAUCUACAACAACAAAGCCAGUCCCCCACCAGCUCCGCCACCGCCACCGCCACCGCCUCCAUCCACCCUAGAAAGAAAGCGCAUAGCGAAAUCUUCCGAGGGCGAAUCGAAGGACUUGAGGCGGAAGAAUUGGGGCAGCGUCAACGACACAGUUGCCGAUCUUACCUCGCUCAAACCAAGUAACUCCCCGGAGGGUCCUUCGAUCGGGAGGUCAGUGAGAACAUUCAGGCCUAUGCAAUCGCAGAGCACCGCCAUGGAAGGGGCAGCAAGAACAAGCAACGAGCAGGUCGAAGACGAAGUUGCAGCGGCGCCUGGUGACGAGGAGGCAUCAAACUCUGGAUCAGGAGCGGAAGAGAACGAGGUAGACAAGAAGGCGGACGAAUUCAUAGCCAGAUUCAGAGAGCAGAUCAGGCUUCAGAGGAUCGAAUCGAUCAAGAGAUCCACCAAGCUGCGCAGUAGCAGGAAGCCGAACUAG